AUGACAUCAAUAUCUAUUCAAUUUCAACUCAAUGAUCAACAGCCAGUUGUAGCCAACUUACCCACACAAUUUACUCUAGACGAUUUUAAGAGAGUGGCUGAUAAUAUUUAUAAUAAUACAAGUUUUCUUUAUUCUUUUGUAUGUCAUGGAAAAGAAUUUGAUAUAAAUAAUGAAGACGAAUUCAAUAAAUGUAAAGCAUUAAUCACCUCUGGAACAACAAUUUUUACAAUAGAACAUCUGAAAGCAUGUUUUUUACCAGAUACACUCGUUCAGCGUGUUGAUCGAAGUGAAAUACGUAUUAGUGAUGUUCAAUUAGGUGAUGUUUUACUAGCUUUUACUACUUUUGGUGAUAUUGUUACAACAGUUGUUGAAGACUUGUUUAAGCAUGAAGUUGAUGAAUAUAUGGAAGUACAAAUAGGAGAAAACCGAUUGUAUGUAACACGCGAACAUCCAUUUUUCGUUGGAAAUGGUACAGGCAAUGUUCCUAAUAAGAACAGCUAUCUCGGAGAUGCGAAGAAUUUCAUUAUUCACUAA